AUGGCGGAGCACAUGGUCAUUUUCWAAGUUACUUAAUAUUUCGGUUUUCUUCUGAGAUUACCAAAUGCUAUCUUCUCUGUACUACYUCCGKCUUGGUUCCCGAGSUGUYCGGUCAUGGCAGAGKUUAUCUCGRGGUUCAUUGAACUCGGUUCGCURGUGUAGGUGCUUGACAACCACUCGCCAUUUUCACCAAGAAGACGAGACUUUGAUGUCAAAUGUAACUAAAAAGYCCUCUCUUGCUAGCAAUAUUUCARCAGAAAGCGAGUAUUUACCAAAAGGUGAUAGCCCUGCAGUGGAUAAACGCGGGACAAUCGAUGWAAUACCUAAGGUUUUAGAAGAAUUCUUCCACAWGGCGAGGUGUSAAGGAUGUGGAACAGUWUUCCAAAGCGAGGAACGUCAAAYACCAGGGUUUGUCAUCGCAGCUAAAAACCCUUCUUUGCAAGACGCUCAGAAKGAUGUGAACUCUCUAAAGCCUGUCCUUUGUGAGCGUUGUUUUAACAUAAAGAAUUACAAUAAAGGUAGCCAAGUUCUUGUCUCUCCAGWCGAAGUGUGUGAAUUCCUAGGCCACAUAGCUCAAAGGAAAGCUCUAAUUUUAUAUGUUGUUGAUAUUUUGGAUUUACCUGGAAGCAUGGUGCCAGGUUUAUUGGAUAUCAUAGGACCAACAAACAGAAUUAUUGUAGUAGCAAAUAAGCUAGACAAACUUCCUGCUGAKGGUAAAGCAACAGCGCAAUAUGAAAAAUUGCAUUCCUACGUMAGGGAUCAAUGCCAUCAACAUGGACUAAAACAGGCCAAUAUUAAAGAUGUGUGUUUGAUAAGUGCAAAGAAAGGUUUUGGAAUACCACAGUUAGUUAACCAAAUUCUCAAGCAUUGGCAUAAGAUGGGAGAUAUAUACCUCGUAGGGUCUAAUAACACUGGCAAAACUAGCCUGUUUAAUACUCUCAUUGACCUUACCAAUGUCCAUAAGAAUAGUGACAUGCUUCAUAGGGCUGUAGUUUCAAGGUUACCUGGUACUACCUUAAGUUUGCUACGGAUGCCAUGUAGUUAUUGGAAAUUGACAAAGUUGAAGUAUCGAUUACUUGAAGGCACUGAAAAGUAUAAACAAGCUCUUGCUGCUAAGGAAGAAUACGAUAUUGAUCCAGAGAUCAUAGACAAAGAAGAGACGUCUUAUAAAGAUUUGAAAUCCGUGAGAAAAACUCUGGCUACCACUGAGAGCCAAGAAAGUAAGAUAGAUAUUAUCAAACCUGAAAUAGUAAGCAGUAUUCCUGAAGAGAAGCAACAGUUUUGGUUAUAUGAUACACCUGGUAUAUUAAACCAGAAUCAGGUGACCAAUUACUUGACUAUGGAAGAGUUAAAACUACUGCAUUCCAACCUCUCGAUAAUUCCCAAGACCUAUGUGCUUAAGCCAGGCCAGGCAUUCUUUCUGGGAGGUCUUGCCAGGAUAGAUUACAACAAUAUUACAAGAAUGCCUCGACAACAUGAAGCACCCGAUAAAGAAACAUUGACUGAGGCCAACAAGUCRGUAUAUUUUACCAUCUUCUCAUCUCCAAACCUUCCCAUCCACGUACUGAACAUUGAUAAAGCCACAGAGUUUUACAAUAAACGUGCUGGACAAGAUCUUUUAAAGGUCCCUAMUGGUGGCUCUAAUAGAAUGGAAUCAUUUCCUGCUCUACAAGGGCYUGACUUUAKUGUAACUGGUAUUGGRUGGAAAGAGAGUGCUGCAGACAUUGUMUUGUCRGAUAUUGGCUGGGUUUCUGUGACAGCAGGCCAAAAAGCAGAUGUYCAAAUUWCYGCGUACACACCUAAUGSUGUAGGAAUGGUAUUGAGGGAACCCGCACUUCUGCCAAAUAGRGUUAAGCAGAAAGGUAAAAGAGGWGUUCGUUACCAGGGUCACAUCGACUACAGUGGUUACGAAACGCCGCGCAAAUCCAACCCACCACUCAUCGAUUUCUUGAGUGAAGGACAAKAGGGCGUUUAUCAGUGGUAUCGUGAAGUGAAGCGAAAGAUCAAGCAGCAAGAAGCUCUCAUAAAAGCUGAAAAAAUGAUGAAAGUAAUCGAGAAAAGUCUCACUGAGGGAGAUAACUUUCGCCMUGACCGCGUAUCUGGACGCGAUAAACGUAGACAAAAAACUGAUUUGAUAAAAUAGUUAUUUCUCAGUACUGUUCAUCGUGGGGUAAUUGCACAUUUUUGAAGAAAGUAAAAAAAACUAAGAAAAGU